AUGAGCAGCUCGGAUAAAGAUCAAGAUGCAGAGCAUCUUCUCUCUAAGUUUCAAUUUCACCGCCGACCGCUAGUCAACGACAACCCUUCAGCUUCGUUUUCCAACAUUGGACACCAAGCAACCCCACCGAGACGUAGAGGCAGACCGCCGAAACGAGCUCUCGUUUUUGAUUUGGCGGCCUCGGAGAGUUCUCAACAACAGGAUAUUCCGCCAAGACCAAGAGGAAGGCCUAAAAAGAACCCAGUGGCACUGUUGGAGUCACCGGACUCCGAGAACUCGCAACCUGUACAGCAUGCAGUGAGAAGACGUCGUUUGCAUGCGGGAUCGUCAUUGGACUCCCCAGGUUCAUCUUCAGUAGACGCACUACAGAGUCCAGGGCUUCAGACGAGUCAUGUGACCCAUGAUAAUUUUGCUGCUGUUCACCAUAGCAAUCGGCAUUCUAAAAGCUCGACACCCCAGCAAACCGGUGCUGCCACUACUAGUUCUCGCUCGAGACGGUCCAGGGCCCAGGUCGGGAACUAUUACUCCAAUGCCAAUUACUCAGGAUACAUCUCUGUCUCUGAAGCCGAGCACGAAAUCAGGUCUGAAUCGCAGUCACAACAAAAGGCCAUUGGUUGCUCCUCGCGUCCAGUAGUACCAUUCACAUCAAGGAAGCCGGAACAAAAAAGAAUUCAGGUCAUUUACGAUGCUCAAGGAGUUCGCAUUACUCGACAUGGGUACACUCUACUACAAGAUAUACCUAAUCUUCCUAACACAGCUCCCUAUUCACCGCAAAGUAAACCCUCUAGUUACGCCCGCCAGUUCAGAAGUAAAUCGCACAUUCCGCUACUCCACGUCUCAUUCAGCGAGGAUGAAGUAUCGGCCAUCAUUGGGCUCUUAUCCCCUUAUGGCGUCGACCCACGUUUGUUUGAAAUGAGUCAGGCAGAUCAAGUCAUACACAUCGUCAAAUCCGUACACAGCAAUCGCCUGGAGCGGGUUCUGGAGGAAUUACCUCAAAUGAUCCAACUCCAGGACCUUCUCAACGACCAGGGCUUUGACAAUCUCAUGGCAUAUCAUCAGGCUGCCGACUCUGCAGAUUCCUUCAUCGACAAUCUCUGCAAUGAGAUGAUGUCCAAGCAAAGUACAUUUGAUCAAAUAUCGCGGUUACUUGUACUGGCAGGUGCCCUUCGCAGGCGCCGUAAGGCUGAUAUACAGGCAUUUUGUAUGGAUACGAGAUCGGGAGUUGUUCCAACCAAGCCGUUUUACAUCAGUGCCAGCUAUCAACGCGCACCUAUACGGAGAAGCGAACAUCGAGUCUCGGUACUCGAUAGGUGGCCGAAGCGGCUAUCAGAAGAAUUCACCUUGCAGAAAAGUCAUACCUGGAAAGGCGCGUCAAAUGAUGUCCUAAACCUUGCUUGGUCCCCGGAUGGGUUCCGGUUUGCUGUCGGUGCGGCAGCCCAAUGUGAUGAGCACAAUAUGCAAUACAACCGGUCCAACAAUUUGAUAUUAGGUGAUUACACGCACAAGAUCAUCAAGGAGUUGCCGGACCAUCGUGUACCCUAUCCUGUCGCGAACCACAACAAUUCUCAUCUAUAUAUGAGUGUCACGGCUGUGCAGUGGUUUGACGACACUCUUUACACAUCUAGCUACGACAAAACAGUCAAAAUUUGGGAUGUUUCUUCGUACACUAAUGCAACUUGCCGGAUGACCCUCCGACAUGACCAUAAAGUUCAAAUAAUGGCGCGGUCACCCUCAAUCGCCACUUUACUUGCAACAGGAACAGAUUCAACUUUGCAUUUGUGGCAUUUUGAUAGUGUUAGCCAAGCAUGCCUUGAUUUGAAUUACAUGGAACAGCGCAUAACGAGAAACCCCCGCGCGAUUAAAGAAUCCGACUUUACACCUUCAUCACUAGCGUGGGGUUUGUCAACACUGACUCAGGAUUUAUUUGUCGCAGGCUUUUCUGGCAACGGUCACCAUGGUGGAGAUGCAUGCAGAGAAGGGCUACUGGCCGCGUGGAAGGUAGCUCAAGGAUCCUUAGUACCGGUACCACUGCAACCAAAUGCGCAGAACAUUUUCGAUGUGAAAUCCCAUCCUUUCCUUCCCUGGUUUGCGACUGGGAGCUCGGUCUCCGCGGUAGGCAGGAACGGAACGGGUAAAGACAUUCGGUCGUUGGUGCGAAUCUACGAACCCUCAACUAAGCCAAGGUGUGCCAUUGAGCUUGACUGCCCAGCCCUCGAUAUCAACGACGUCUCAUUCUGUCCCAUGGACCGAUUUCACAUAUCGGCUAGUUGCACGGACGGCAUCACUUACGUAUGGGACUUUCGGAACCCAUCACAAAUCUUGCACAAAUUAUGCCAUGGGGAUGCUAUAAACCAGCUUGAUGAGGAGCUCACAAGAGAACAAGCAGAUGUUGGGGUUCGAGUUGCCUUGUGGGGUAAGGGAUCUGACGAAUUCAUUACAGGCGGAUCUGAUGGUGUUCUCCGGUCAUGGGACAUUCUCCGGGCACCUGAGGAUGUACAUGUGCGAGAUAUUGCUGUGAUUGAGGAUGAGAUCAUGUCAGGGGCAUUCUCGCCAGAUAAGUCAACACUGCUCAUCGGGGAUGCCGCCGGCGGUAUCCAUAUUCUCGAACCAGGUUUGAGCUCAGAUCCCGUAGAGCAACUGCAUUACGAGCUAUCACGCGACACUGAGCUAUCGGUGUCUUCCGAUUCCGGGAGAGCAAUUGGAAAAAUGCUUCUAGAGACCGGACAACUUAUACAGCAUCCUCGUUAUGGGGUCGGCAAAGGAGCAGCUUACCAAGGCCCAUAUGCCGCCUGGGCUCGGCCAGAAAAGACACCCAACAAUAUGCUAGCAGUAACGCCACUAAUUGCGGAGAUACAAGCUUUACAGCUUGAUCAAGGCACAAGCAAUUUACCUGCCGGCGAUCAUAUCAUUGAUGAACUUAGGAAGACCGCAGAAAUUCGUAAUCGCGAUCCAAGCCUGCUUAAACGCAAAGACAGUCCUCAUCAUCGGCCGAAGAAGAAACAUCGAGCCACAGACAUCAUCAAUCUCUGUAGCGACGAAGAGGAAGAUGCCAAGCCAUUGAAACCAUCUCGCAAGUCGGCCAAGCCUCCCGUGUGGAUUGACCUUACUGAGAACACUGACGACGAAGACUCCGGCAAAAAGGUUAUCACUAUGCGGAUGAAGCAUGAAGAGAAUUCAGACGAUGAUGCAGAAGACUACUGGUUUCCAGAUAGUCGUGAAAUAGACCCGAACAUCCGAUCCUCAGACUAG